CUUCCUGUGCUUGUUGUCUUGGGAGGACCUCACAGGGGCAGCUAAGAAAGCCAGAGAAAAGAGCACAGUUUCAUUUAGUUCCAGUCAGCCGCAGAGAUGGAGCUCUGGACGGGAUUAUAUCUUGUGAGCCUCCUCACCAUCGCACGUUGUUUGCUCGUAUCGUCCUACACUGUUCAUUUGAACAAACUCUCAUUCGAAAAUGCUCAGAAUUAUUGCGAACCUGGAAGUUUCCUGACCAACAUUCCAAAUGAGAAGGAAAUGGAGAAGAUUCUAAAAACCAUCUGGGAUAUGAAUAGCAAAAACGCCACGUCAUUUUGGAUCGGACUAAAGAGAAAUAAAGGCACCUGUUUACAAAAGAAUUUGCCUCUUAGGGGAUUCCACUGGACGGUGGACAACAGCACUCAAUCUGACAUUAAAACCUGGAAAACUGAACCUUCAGGAUCUUGCGCAAGUCUUCGCUGUGGGCUGCUUUCAGUGGAAUACAGUAACUCUGGCACAAAAACCUAUUGGUUUGUGGAUGCUUCCUGCAGACACGAAUAUCCUUUCAUUUGCAAACGAAACAAGCUGGCUUGUCCUCGACCAGAAAUACUCGGCUCACGUGACAUGAUCGAGCCAAAAAAUGAUCCGUAUACACGUCAGAUUUAUUGCCGUUCUGGUCCCAGGUUUAACCUGACAUGCUCCAAAGAUCUAGUGUGGACUGUGGCCGGACACGAAAACGUGGAUAUAUCGCAACUCUGCCUGGGGUGCAAUAAAGGCUACAGGAGGGAUGCAUCCGGAAACUGUGCGGAUGUAAAUGAAUGCGAAGAAUCCAAACCAUGCGAGCAGGAAUGCCAGAACACAGAAGGGUCCUACAAAUGUCUAUGUUCGUACAAUGACGACGGCAUUUGUAAUGAACCAUCGCAGUCACCCACAACCACUCUGAAAAACAGGGACAAAUCUGUGCUAACUCAACCUACGUCUCCACCUGAUGAUGUCAGAACUAACAAGACAGCCGUGCACACUGACGAGAGCGCUGGAGACAUUUCAAAUAUUGUAGUACCUGUGAUUAUAGCUCUGUUGAUUUUCAUAGUGCUGCUGGUGAUUGUGGCGGCCAUCGUGAAAGGAUGCCUCAGGAGGAGAUCCAUAAAACUGGCCCAGAGGAAGGCGGAGGCUGUGGCUCUGAAUGGAUCCAGCUCCAUGGAGAAGGUGAAUGAAAAAGAGGAAACCUAAGUGGGAGAGACUGUGCAAAUGUAAAAGAUAAUUCAACGUGACACAUGCAGACUACAGAGGGUGCUUACUGCAAGAUAUUCCUCUCUCAGAACAUUUGGGUGUGAGGUCUGGAGUCACAAGGGUGCUGUGUAAUUACUGCUUUUGAGUUUCAUUUGCCAUUCCGUCUCACAGUUGAAAUCAGGGUCUUUAUGCCGAUGUGGAUUUGGAAAUGCUAUCUAGGUCAUGUCGACAGUAAUUAGAUUUAUGAGAAGCGUACUCUGACUUUGUUUACUCUUUCAUAGCUGAUAUUUAAAUGCACCUAUGCGGAGAUGUGUAAACUGUAGAAGAUAUUGUGUUGUCUAAUUGUAUAUUUCUGUUAUGUUUCACAACAUGAAAAUUUUAUACGUGUCUUUUUGACUGAAGAGUUAUAUAAAUAAAGACGGAUGUUUAAGCUGAUGUGGCUGCUCUAAUA